AGGAGGAGAAAAGACUCCAGGGCUUGUUAUGGAGUUCGUGUGAAAGAAACACGGAUUUCCACCCUUCUUUACCAGUUAAACCAGUAUCUCUGGAUAGAACACACUCAAGUACUUCAACAGGUAGAGUCUCUGACCGCAAAACUCUUUCGUGGCUCCUCUGAAAAUAAUCUCCCCCCUUUUCUCUCUCCGUUUCAAUUGAGUUUCCAGCCCUUUUGUUCGCUCUUCUUAUCACUUGGAAAAAGGUGAACCCUCGUGUUAUUUUUAUUUUAAUCUUUGCUUUAAUUGUAGUUUUUACCCUUGUGGUCCCUGAUGGCUUCGCACAGUGAUACUCUGGUGGUGUUCUUUGGGGCAACAGCUGGUGCAAAUGGGGGUAAACUGGGUUCGGAUGAGAGGGAAAUAAUUCUCUUGGUGUGGCAAAUUGUGGAUCUACAUGAGAAAAAGGUUGGGGAGCUUCAUAGAUGUCUUGUCAAGCCAGACACUUUGGAGCUGACAGACCAGUGUAAAGAAGAGACAGGUCUUACUGUGGACGACAUCAUUAAAGCUGAGCCCCUGGACAAAGUGCUGCAACAGUUCCAGCAGUCGGUAACAUCAGAAGUAAAAUGCCUCGGCAGAAGCUCUUUCGCACUGUGUGUUGACAGUCCCCUUGUUAUCCGGCAGGCCCUCCACCCCGAAGCCUCCAAAAAGAAUCUUGUCCUUCCUGAAUGUUUCUUUUCAUUUGUGGACUUGAAGAAGGAGUUUCAAAAAUGCUGCCCCAAUGCCAGCCCUGCGCAGAGGCUCACACUCACCUCCAUGUUGGAAUAUGUUGGGCUCCCUGCUGUUUCCGAGCAGUCGAUGGGGGUGAGGGAGGUGACCAGCAUGGUGCAGCUGACACUUGGCAUCCUGGCUGAGCCCUACAAUCACAAGUUCUCCUGUGUUGAAACAGUGAAGUACAAGUUUGAUUCCGGCACAUGUAAGACGGAGCCAGUGGACAGUGAAACAGUGAUCAGAGCGCGAGGGCUUCCAUGGCAGUCUUCAGACCAAGACAUUGCUCGCUUCUUUAAAGGCCUCAGUAUCGCAAAGGGUGGUGUGGCCCUGUGUCUCAACGCUCAGGGCAGGAGGAACGGCGAGGCCUUGGUGCGUUUCAUCAACUCAGAACACAGAGACUUGGCUCUGGAACGCCACAAGCACCACAUGGGCAGUCGCUACAUUGAGGUCUACAAGGCCACAGGAGAGGAAUUCCUCAAGAUUGCUGGAGGUACAUCUAAUGAGGUAGCCCAGUUCCUGUCCAAAGAGAAUCAGGUGAUUAUCCGUAUGCGAGGGUUGCCGUUCACCGCCACACCCCAGGAAGUGCUGUCCUUCCUCGGUCUUGAGAGCCCAGUUACAGAUGGUCCAGAGGGUCUGCUCUUUGUCAAGUACCCUGACGGACGGCCCACUGGUGAUGCCUUUGUGCUCUUCUCUUGUGAAGAGUAUGCCCAGAAUGCCCUGAAGAAGCACAAGCAGAUCUUGGGGAAGCGGUACAUCGAGCUGUUUCGGAGCACUGCGGCUGAGGUGCAACAGGUCCUGAACCGCUACAUGUCGGCACCUCUGAUCUCCACACUGCCCCCUUCACCCAUCGUGCCUGUGCCGGUCCUCGCAACGCCACCCUACCUUCCAGCAGCCAGCAGCACUCGCGACUGCGUCCGCCUCCGUGGCCUGCCCUACACUGCCGGCAUUGAAGAUAUACUGGAGUUCAUGGGAGAGCACACCGUUGACAUCAAACCCCAUGGAGUCCACAUGGUGCUUAACCAGCAGGGUCGACCCUCUGGCGACGCUUUCAUCCAAAUGAAAUCAUCUGACAAGGCGUUUAUGGUGGCCCAGAAGUGCCAUAAAAAGACCAUGAAGGACCGUUAUGUGGAGGUGUUCCAGUGCUCCACAGAGGAGAUGAGCAUUGUGCUGAUGGGAGGAACCCUGAACCGCAGCGGCCUCUCCCCUCCACCCUGCAAGCUUCCCUGUCUGUCUCCGCCCACUGCCUACGCUGCCUUCCCCACCCCACCCACAAUCCUCUCUGAGGCUGCCCUCUACCAGCCCCCGCUGCUGGCUGCUCCCAGACCACCUCAGACAGCCACACACAGCCCAGCUCACACUCUGGCCUACUACCCCCCUCAGCCACACCUGUACAUGAAUAUGAACAUGAACUACACAGCUUAUUAUCCCAGUCCCCCAGUUUCCCCUUCCACAGUUAGCUACUUUGCAGCUCCACCAGGUGCAGUCGCAGCAGCAGUCGCAGCCCAAUCCCACCCAGCUGCAGCCGCAGCCUCCUCUGUGCUGCCUCAACCUGGCGCCCUGGUCAGGAUGCAGGGUCUGCCCUACAACACUGGAGUCAAGGACAUCCUCAGCUUCUUCCAGGGAUACCAGUACGCCCCUGACGAGUACAGCGGCAUGGUUCAGAUGAGCGAACAGGCCAGGAGUCUGAUUCAGCCCAAAGAAUGGCUCUGUCUUUAGGGACUCAUCCCCAAGCUCCAGCCAGAUGCUAUCCUCAUCUUGUACAACUUUAGUGGCCAGUGCAGCGGCGAGGCUUUGAUCACCUUCCCUAGCGAGGAGAUCGCCAGGCGGGCUGUAGCCGAGCGCUCCAGUCACCCCUUCUACGGCCAGCGGGUCCACAUGGUCUUAUGUAACUGACCACUAGCCCUUUAUCCCUCCUCCUCCUCCCUUUCCCAUAAUUUGACCUCCCAUUGAAGAGCACUCGCCCCCCAAAUUCAAUGUCAUUCAUCAAAAGCUUUCCCAGUUGAUCCCAGUGUCACUUCAAACGGCUGUUGAACAUCUCACUUUGCCAUGAUCUCCCAUUAUUAACGCACAGCUUACUUUGCUGGCUGUGACACUCCUGAAGCUGCUGUUGGAUUUUGGACAUCCACUGGUGAAGUAGCUGAUGUCAGCAAAGCUUCAUUUCAGGCUAAUGACAUGGACAUCGCACGUAGCAUUUCUGUGCUUAUUUACUGUAAUAGCUGGUUGUGGGGACUAGAUGUUGUGGAGCCCGGACAAAUAUGCAUGCACAUUCAAAUGCUCUAUAUAUGUGUUCCUCCAUACGACUGUACAGAUGUUCAUCCUGAUAUGCUUGAGGCUGUACAAACAAUGUCUGCAUGUAAUCUUUUCUGUAUAUUUCUAGAUUUUCACUCUAAACCACUACAAGUUUUUGACUUUUCAAAGUUUAUGAUCUUUUUGUGUUAGCUUGAUGCAAACACAAAUGUGUGUAUGUGCAUGCACAAUGUUUAUUGAGUUGAUGGCCUCCAGCGAUGCAGUGGUGCCAUUAAAAAGAGAGAAAGAAGCCAUAAGGACUGACUUCGACUACUGAAACCGGAAAUAUCAAACUGUACUGCUCAUCUGUCGUGGAUUUGAACUGUCUGAGCUCCAGUGACUAUUAAUUAAAACUACAGCAACAUCACAGAAGUGCCAGUGUACCAUCUAAUAUGUAAUAUUUUUUUUUCUGUUAAAAGCAUUUAUGUGUGACAUACAGGGUGUCAUCCCAUUUAGAUCUUUUCUAAGCACUACACAUUUAUUUGCACCAAUCUGAGUUUAGUGACAGAGCGUCUGUAAUGACAGAUUCAUUCUGUUUUUAUGAAUUCCAUCUCCUUAAUUUUUUUUAGGAUUUGUUAUGAAAUAUAAAAGGGGACAGAGGCGUAUACAAUGAUCGACCUCAGCUACUAGAUCUCUUCUGUUUUGGUUUCCAGACUAUUUAUAGCGAUCAGUCUGAAGCUGCUUUAAUUCCUGCUUAUGACCGAGUACUGUGUAAAAGCUGCAUGGGUUUUUCCUGUGACAGGCCUGCUGACAGCUGGCUUAGAUUUUUUCCCCUCUUUACUGUGCCUACAUUACCCAGAGUGCAAUACUGGCCCAAACAAGGCUAGAUCAACCUCUGGUGGCAGAGGAGAUUUGUGUUUUGUUGCAAGUUUGACACUAUUAUGUAUGUAUGUAUGUUUAUAAGAAUGUAAACAAUAAAUGUUG